AUGGAUCGCAUCUCUCACUUUCGGCGCCACAAGAAGGCUGCCGCCACUGCGACGGCAGCAACAGCAGCAGCGGCAGGCUCUACCCCAACGGGAACGAUGGUGAGGGCAUCCACAGAACCGACAACGUCGACCCUGCCGGCGGAGAAGACAUCUACACCCAAGACAGCCACUAUCGCGGCCAGCGACUUCGCAGUCCAAGCGUCCGAUGACACUGCCAGCAUACACCCCGGAUCGCACAUCAUUCCACCAUUCUCUCCCUUUCGUCGCGCUCGACGCUCCUCACCACAGCCGGCGACAGGUCCGGUGCAGGGCCAAGACGUCAUCCGGACACAGCAGUCAUCGCGACCAUCGCGAUCGUCUCGCUCACCCUUUCGCGACCUCCUUCGCCCGUCUACGAAAAGGUCACGUGAGUCGCCACCAGGCAACGCGGUCACGCCCGUGUCUCAGCCCGAGUCGCCAACGACAGCACUGAAUACCCGGUUCCAAAGCAUUGUACUGCCAGUGAAGGCGGGCAUUUCUCGCCUCUCUACCCAGAAAGGGCAGCUGACCCUCGACCGACCAGCACAGGACCGCAAGCCAAAGCUGCCUCCUUUUCUGGACAUCUCGUUAGAAGAGAUCGACCGCAGGUUUCAGAAGAUUCUCUGGCACGAACACAGCCGGCUGAAAGAGUCCAUCGUCGCGCCGGCAGGACAAUGGGCGCGCGUGACGGGCAGCCACCUGCGGGUGCUCGACCGCUACGCCAACAUACAGCCGUGGGACCGGAACCGGGUACGACUGCAGGUGCCACCGGGUCGCGUCGACUACAUCAACGCAUCACCCAUCGUGCUGACGACGACGGCUGCAGCCGCGGCCGCGCGGCCACCCGACCGCUAUAUCGCCAUGCAGGGGCCCAAGAAGUCGUCAGUGGACCACGUGUGGCGCAUGGUCUACGAGCAGCUGCGGUCACCAGCCGUCAUCGUCAUGCUGACCGAGACCCACGAAGGCAGCAUGGAGAAGUGCUAUCCUUACUACCCCCAGCAGCCGGACGACCCGCCUAUGCUGAUCAACCAACACGAUGAGUUCGGCGAUGGCUUCCGUGCCAGCGUGCGCUGUGCUGCCGUCGAGGAGCUGCUUGACGGUGCCAUUGAGCAGCGCCGCAUUUUGCUGCGCAUUCACCACAAGGCCGUCAAUCCCAAGUCGCGCGUGCCGUCGCCGGCAACCGUGACAGCAGGUGGCGAGACGGCUGCAAAAUCAUUACCAGAUACAGACGGGGGCGAGACAGCCGUUCCAGCUGCGGCCGCCGUGGCCAACGGAGGAAGCGAUGAUCUCGGCAGCAGCUCUGGUUCUGCUGCCGGCCUCUCAUCGUCGUCGGUAUCGUCGCCUGUCGGGCCGGAGACCGAUAUGGAUCUGGAGGUGGCGAUGGGCUCGCCCGAAAUCGACUACGAGGACUAUGAGGAUGAGCGGAUCGUGUACCACUUUCUGUACAAGAAGUGGCCCGACUUUGGCGUGCCGGCGCUCGCAGACGUCGACAGUUUUUUUGCCCUGAUGCGGCUGUCGGCCGAGAAGAACGCAGACGUGGACAACCCACGCAUCGUGCACUGCAGCGCCGGUGUGGGCCGAUCAGGCACAUUUAUCGCGCUGGAGCACCUGGUGCGUGAGCUGGACGCGGGCGUGUUGGAGAACUGCGACAGCGCGGACGAGGCCGGCCGACUGGACGAGGUGGAACAAGGCGACCGGAAUGCCGGCGAGACCGAGUUUGCGAGCGAGGCCGGCGAGUGUGCAGCCGAGGCCGACGACCUCAUCUUCACGACAGUCAACCAGCUGCGCGAACAGCGGCGGACAAUGGUGCAGGCGGACUCACAGUACCACUUUAUCUACCAGGUGCUACGGAAGCUAUGGCUCGAAAAGUACGGCCUCGGCGACGGCGACGGCGAUGCGGAAGAGAUGCAGGGUCUGGAAGAGAGCACAGGACCGGGCGACGAGGACGACGAUGUCGCAUCAUCCGAGCCGGCGCCGAAACGGCUGGAGGUCGACCCUUUUGUAGCGUAA